AUGGGAGCCUUGAAUUUCAAGCCUGCCCCUGGUUAUAUUGACGAGAGCUCGCCUCUCAUGGUUGCUACUCGCUCUGCGGAGAGGCGUGGUGUGCGCCCUUUUGCCGGUGCCGAUGAGUCGUCUAAGAAUGCGCUGUACAUGUUCCUUUUGACUCUUUCUAUUGGUGGACUUCAGAUUGUUUGGUCUGUCGAACUUUCUAAUGGAUCGCCAUUCCUUCUAUCCCUUGGGAUGAGCAAGUCGCUUCUUGCCUUUGUUUGGAUAGCCAGUCCCUUGACGGGCGCACUGGUGCAACCAUACAUCGGUAUUCGAAGCGACAACUGCCGACUCGCGUGGGGUAAGAGGAAACCAUUUAUGGUCAUUGGAGGUGCAGCAACUGUCGUUUCAUUGCUAGCUCUGGCAUGGGUGAAAGAGAUUGUGGGAGGUGUUCUGUCUAUAUUCGGGGUUGAAACAUCAGCGAUUAAGAUUGUUAUCAUUAUCAUGGCAACAAUUUUCAUGUGUUGCCUUGAUUUUGCCAUUAACACCGUGCAAGCUGCAGCCAGAGCAUUUAUUGUCGACAACUGCCCUACCCACCAGCAGGAGCUGUCCAACGCCUGGGCCAGUCGUAUGGUCGGCGUUGGUAAUAUCUUAGGGUAUAUCUUUGGCUAUAUGGACCUGCCAAAGGUUGUCCCUUUCUUGGGAAAUACCCAGUUCAAGGUCCUGUGCGUACUUGCCUCGGUCUUUCUGAGCACAACUGUUGCCAUUAGUUGCAUCUAUAUCCAAGAGCGGGAUCCCCGAGAAGACGGGCCCGUGACUGACAAGCUUGGCUUGGUCUCCUUUUUCAAACAGGUCAUCAAGUCCAUUCGGAGCUUGCCAACGCAGAUUUCCCGCGUCUGUGAGGUGCAGAUCGCAGCGUGGGUGGGCUGGUUCCCGUUCCUGUACUACUCCACGACCUAUAUCGGGCAGCUGUACGUCAAUCCAAUAUUCGCGGAUAAUCCCCAUCUCUCCGAGGGUGAGGUUGAUAAGGCCUGGGAAGAUGCUACUCGCGUCGGGACAUUGGCCCUCCUUAUCUAUGCUAUCAUCUCUUUUCUUUCCAAUAUGUUGCUUCCUCUCUUCGUGGUCCCCUUGUAUGGACCGGCGCCAGAGACUGUUUCGCAACGGGAUUCCCUAGACGGUGAUUUAGAUGGUGAUUCAGAGCCAGCUGCAAGGAGACUAUCUUUUUCAAGCAUCCCGACAGGCAAUGCAUCCGAGCCUCUGCUUGACGUUCCAGUCGGACAAGAGACCGAAGAGAAACCCACUUGGCUUUCUCGCCUGCGCAUCCCAGGCUUGACGCUCCCGAGGGUCUGGCUCCUCUCCCAUCUCCUCUUCGCGGCGUGCAUGUUCAGCACUUUCUUCAUCUACUCUCAUCAAGCCGGGUCGGCAUUUGUGGGCCUUGUCGGUGUCUCAUGGGCUGUAGCAUUGUGGGCUCCUUUCGCUCUUAUCUCGGCGGAGGUAGCUAGGAUUGAUCCUUCUAGACGAAAUCGUCGCCGAGCGGCUCAGACUACUUAUACCGAGCAUGCAGAUGAGGCCCAGGAUGAGGGUCCCGGUGAACUUGACAGCGUCGGUGGCAGUGAUAUUGAGAAUGGACACCCGAAAGAUUAUCGUGAUAAUGGGGAUGUUGCACAGGCGGGUAUCAUUCUUGGACUGCAUAAUAUGGCUGUUUCUCUCCCCCAGAUUCUGUCUAGUCUUGUUUGCAGUGCUAUCUUCAAGGCAUCCCAGAAGCAAAGAGGGGAGCCGUGGGAUGAUAGCGUGGGCUGGGUGCUACGGUUUGGUGGAUGUGCUGCGUUGGUGGCUGCAUGGUUGACUAGAAGGGUUUCGGAUGGAUCAAGAUAG